AUGGCCGCCCCCAGCUUCGAGGCCAUCGCGUCCGGGCCGCUGCCCUUCGCGACCAAGGCCCGGGCGCCCCCGCGGAGCGCGUCCCUGCGGUCCGUCGGCUCGCGGUCCCUCGCCUCCAAGGCGUCGCUGGCGAAGCGGCGGCCCCGCACCGCCGAGGCGGCGAGGUCCGCGGCCGCGACGCUGCGCCGCGGGACGCGGGUCGCGGCGCCCCUGCCGCCGGACCCCUUCGACCCCUCGGCGAGCAACUUCGGCCGCUUCAACAGCCACUACCCGCGGCCGCUCCGCGAGCGCACCGCCGCCGCGGAGAUGCCCCGGAGGCUCGGCGCGCACCCCGGCGCCGCGACGGCCGGCAAGGUCCAGGGCAAGUUCGAGCGCCUCUCGACCUACGGCCUCAUGUCCGAGGACCCCCGGCCCAUGAAGACGCAGCUCGACCUCCUCCGCGGCGACCCGCGUGGGCAUCGGCCGCCGGCGCCGACGCACGGGACCAUGACCGACGGCGCCGGGCGCGCCGUGCCCUGGGACGACCGCCACCACAACACGUACAGCCGCUGCAACCACGUCUUCCACGAGAUCCACCGCGAGUUCUUCGGCUCCGCGUCGCGGCUCGAGCGCGUCCCCAUCCACGAGUGGCGCGGCCCGAGCCGGCGCUAG